AUGGACUCGACCCAGCCCUACAUGUAUGCGACUGCCGACUCGUCGAAUCCCUACGGCAUGAGCGCGCGGGGCGUGUACGAGAGCAGCGCCGGUGCGGGUGGCGUGCCGGUGCGGCCAGCGAAUGGCGCGGCGUACGGCGGCUAUGGUGCGCCGAGCCCGGUGCCCCCCCCUGCGGGCCUUGGCCUCCCCGCUGGACUUGCCCCUCCCCUUGGAGCGGGAGCACCAGGGCCGGAGGAGAAGGAGGAGGACUAUGUGUACUUUGUGCGCAAUACGAACAACAUUUCCAAGACGACGCUCGAGGCGGCGCGGAGUGCCAAGAUGCGUCUUGAGCAUGCCUACCGCCUCGCCGUCGACCAGGCGGUCGAGCGCAGCCGGAGACGUGUCGAGCUCGAGAAGCGGCUCAUGCAGCCCGCCGAUGGCGUGCCUGUGCCCGAGGAGAAAAAAGCGCGGUACCUUGCGCAGCUCGGUCGCCGCGAGACGAGCUUCCUCCGCCUGCGGCGUACGCGGCUGGGCCUGUCCGACUUCCGCACGGUCAAGGUGAUCGGCAAAGGCUCCUUUGGCGAGGUGCGUGUCGUGCAGAAGAACGAUACCGGGAAAAUCUAUGCGAUGAAGACGCUGCGCAAGAGCGAAAUGUUCAAAAAGGACCAGCUCGCGCAUGUGCGUGCGGAGCGCGAUGUGCUUGCCGAGUCCAACUCGCCGUGGGUCGUGCAGCUGUACUACUCCUUCCAGGACUCGGCGUACCUGUACCUCUUGAUGGAGUUUUUGCCCGGCGGCGAUCUGAUGACGAUGCUCAUCAAGUACGACACCUUCUCCGAGGACGUGACGCGGUUCUACAUUGCUGAGUGCGUGCUCGCGCUGGAAGGCAUCCACCAGCUCGGUUUCAUCCAUCGCGAUGUGAAGCCCGACAAUAUUCUCAUCGAUGCCAAGGGGCACAUCAAAAUGUCCGACUUUGGCCUCUCGACCGGUUUCCACAAGCAGCACGACAAUGCAUACUACCAGAAGCUGUUUGAGGACCCCGCGACACAGGCCUCGUCCGAGUCGAACCGCAACUCGGUGGCGGUGAACAGCAUCACGCUUACGCUCAGCAACAAGGACCAGAUCGCGACGUGGAAGGCGAACCGGCGAAAGCUCGCCUACUCGACCGUCGGCACGCCAGACUACAUUGCCCCGGAAAUCUUCCUGCAGCAGGGGUACGGCAACGAGUGCGACUGGUGGAGUCUCGGCACGAUCAUGUUCGAGUGCCUCUGCGGCUAUCCCCCGUUCUGCUCGGACAAUGCGCACGACACCUACCGCAAGAUCCUGGCGUGGCGCGAGACACUGCAGUUCCCCGACGAUAUCCACCUGAGCCCCGAGGCGGAGGACAUGAUCCGCCGGCUCGUGAGCGCACCCGAGGAGCGUCUCGGGCGCAACGGCGCACAAGAGAUCAAGGAUCACCCCUUCUUUGCCGGCGUCGACUGGACGACGAUCCGGCGCAUUGACGCGCCGUUCGUGCCGCACCUACAGAGCGUGACGGACACGAGCUACUUCCCUACCGAGGACUAUCAAGACGUGCCAGAUACACCCGUCGGCGCAGACACCGACGUCGGCGCCAAGGACCUCGCGUUCCUCGGCUACACUUUCCGGCGUUACGAGGCGAACGAGGGCGCCUUCCUUGCGACGCAGUCGGACGGUGUCCGCCUCGACGAGCCGCGCCCCAACGCUUCGGUGUACGAUGCGCAGGACACGUUCCUGCGCCGCCACGUCGGGCCGCGCUCGGCGCAGAUCGAGCACAUCCUCAAGACCCUCGGCUACAAGACGGUGGAGGAGUUUGUGGAGAAGACGGUGCCGGAAGAAGUGCGUCUCACGCAGACCGACUCGCUCGUCGACGCGAUUCCCGCCUUCUCGGAGCAGGAGCUCGCCAAGCGCGGCGCCGAGAUUGCCGCACAGAACAAGGUGUUCCGCUCGUACAUCGGUAUGGGCUACAACGCGACGAUUGUGCCCCAAGUCAUCCUGCGCAACGUGCUCGAGAACCCGGCGUGGUACACGUCCUACACGCCCUACCAGCCGGAAAUUUCGCAGGGCCGCCUCGAGUCGCUGCUAAACUACCAGACGAUGGUCAAGUCGCUCACCGGCCUCGACAUUGCCAACGCGUCGCUCCUGGACGAGGGCACGGCCGCGGCCGAGGCCAUGAUCCUCGCUUUGGGCAAUACCAAGGACAAGAAGAAGAACGUGUUCCUCGUCGACGAGAACGUCUCGCCACAGACCGUGGCCGUGGUGCGCGGCCGCGCCAAGGGCUUCAACGUCGAGGUCGUCCAGGCGCCGCUCGCCAAGGACGGCAAGGCGCAGCUCCCAGAGGACAUGUCGCGCGUGAUGGGUGUCUUGGUGCAGUACCCCAACGUCGACGGCGUGCUGUUCGACUACGCGUCGCUCGCCAAGGAUGCCAAGGCGCAGGGCGCGCUCGUCGUCGCAGCGACCGACCUCUUGGCGCUGACCAUGAUCCAGCCGCCGGGCGAGUGGGGCGCAGACAUCGCGCUCGGAAACGCCGCGCGCUUCGGUGUCCCGCCGGGCUACGGCGGUCCCCACGCGGGCUUCUUUGCGGUGACCGACGCGCUGAAGCGCCGCCUGCCGGGUCGCCUGAUUGGUGUGUCGCGCGACGCAAACGGCCGUCCGGCGUACCGCCUCGCGCUCCAGACGCGUGAGCAGCACAUCCGCCGCGAGAAGGCCACGUCGAACAUCUGCACGGCGCAGGCGCUCCUCGCCAACAUGUCGGCGAUGUACGCGGUGUACCACGGGCCCGACGGUCUGCGCCGCAUCGCCGCCAAGGUGCACGCCGAGACGCGUGUCCUGAAAAAGAUCGUCGAGCAGCUCGGCUACUCGGUCCCUGUCGCGGACGGCACCUUCUUUGACACGCUCACAAUCACUACCCCCUCGGGCGUUGGCGCGCAGGACGUGAUCAACGCCGCGCUCGCCGCCGAGAUCAACCUGCGUCCGGUGGACGCCUCGCGCGUCGGUGUCUCGCUCGACGAGACCGUCUCGCGCGAGGACCUGCUUGCGCUGGUGAACGUCUUUGCGGCCGCUGCGAACAAGGCGCCGCUCACGCUCGAGGCGCUCGAGCAGACCGCCAAGGAGCUCGGCCUGUCUGCCGACAAGCUCGACUCGCUCACGAUCGGCGACGCGUUCCAGCGCACGACGCCGUUCCUGACGCAGCCCGUCUUCCACGAGCACCGCUCGGAGACGAGCAUGCUGCGCUACAUUCACUCGCUGCAGAACAAGGACCUGUCGCUGGUACAUGCCAUGAUUCCCCUCGGCUCGUGCACCAUGAAGCUGAACAGCACCUCGAGCAUGGCGCUCCUGUCGAAGCCGGAGUACAACGCCUUGCACCCCUUUGCCCCGGUCGACCAGGCGGAGGGCUACCAGACGCUCAUCCGCGAGCUCGAGCACGACCUCGCGGUGCUCACCGGCUUCCCGGCCGUGUCGGUGCAGCCGAACUCGGGUGCGCAGGGUGAGUUUACGGGUCUGUCGGUGAUCCGUGCUUAUCUUGACGCCAACGGCCAGGAGCACCGCAACGUGUGCCUGAUUCCCACCUCGGCCCACGGCACGAACCCCGCGUCGGCAGUCAUGGCCGGCAUGAAGGUCGUCUCGGUCAAGACGCUGCCGGACGGCACCGUCGACCUCGAGGACCUGCGCGCCAAGGCCGAGAAGCACAAGGACGUGCUCGCCGCGACGAUGAUCACCGAGCCAGGCACGACCGGUAUCUACUUCCCGAACAUCAAGCAGGCCUUUGACAUUGUGCACGAGUUCGGCGGCCAGGUCUACCUGGACGGCGCCAACUUCCAGGCGCAGGUCGGUCUGACGAACCCCGUGGUGAUGGGCGCGGACGUGACGCAUUUGAACCUGCACAAGACCUUUAGCAUUCCCCACGGCGGCGGUGGCCCGGGUGUCGGCCCGAUCGGUGUCGCGGCGCACCUUGCGCCUUUCCUGCCCGGCCACCCGGUGAUCAAGACCGGCGGCGAGCACGCGAUCGAGCCGGUCAACUCGGCGCCGUGGGGCUCCGCGUCGAUCCUGACCAUUGCCUGGGCGUACAUUCGCAUGCUCGGUUGGACCGGUCUGCGCACCUCGACCGAGGUCGCGCUGCUGAACGCCAACUACGUCGCCGAGAAGAUCAAGGACAAGUACAAGGUCAAGUACGUCGGCAAGCACGGCAACGUCGCCCACGAGCUGCUCGUCGACAUUGCCGACUACCAGCCGCUGGGCCUCAGCGUGAUGGACUUUGCCAAGCGCCUGAUGGACUACGGCUUCCACCCGCCGACGUGCUCGUGGCCGAUCUCGACCGGUCUCCUGAUCGAGAUCACCGAGAGCGAGCCGUUUGAGGAGAUCGAGCGCCUGGUCGAGGCUAUGCUGAGCAUUGCCGAGGAGGCGGAGGAGAUCCGCGACGGCAAGCAGCCCAAGGACCGCAACAUCCUCAAGCUCGCACCGCACACCAUCGAGACGCUCACCGCCGAGACCUGGGACCGCCCCUACUCGCGCGACCGCGCCGCAUUCCCGGUGCCGGGCCUGCGUAAGAACAAGUUCUGGCCCCCCGUGUCGCGCAUCGACGAUGCCUACGGCGACCGCAACCUCGUGUGCGAGUGCGGCGACGUGGAAGACUACACGGAGAAGUAA